UAGGUUUCUUUUACUGUUUACAGAUCAUUAUAACUACGGAUUUAUUGCAAGAAACGUAUCUCCAGCGCGCCACGACGUCACUGAUGAACGGUAUCAUAUUUCAAGUUUACUGGCGCUGGCUCCAUCACUUAUGAGUUAAGAUAAGCAACAUUAUUGACUCAAACCACUAGAARCCAUUACGUUUCGAGCUUAUCAGUCGYACUGAAGCUAUCAAGAAAAUCCUCAUUUGAAGUUCAACAGAUUACAUUAUGUUGCUUGUAUCGCUACUGUUAAUAACAUUUAUUCCAACCACUACUGCUGAUGUUACGUGUGAGGAAGACUGCUCUGGAGUACAGUGUAUAAAUCCUACGAACUGCAAGGGAGGAAUUGUCAAAAAGUGGUGUGAAUGUUGUGCUACUUGUKCCAAGGUUGAAGGAGAGGAGUGUGGCGGUUAUUUGAACGAUAAAGGCAGAUGUGAUGUUGGACUGAUCUGCGUGAUUGACAAGGACUCGGGAGACACAGCUUCAGGUUUCUGCAGGAAAGUUGGAUCUUUAUGCGAUAACAAGAAAUGUGGGUUCCGCCAACAGUGCGCAGUCACCAAGCAUAACAAACCCGUGUGUAUUUGUCCGAGGAACUGUAGGGAGAGUAAGUUAAGGCCAUUGUGUGGUUAUAAAAAUGGCAAGCAGUACAAGAAUACAUGUGAAUUACAACGCCACGAAUGUCGUUCAGGGAAAGAAAUUGGAUUCUACAAAGGACUCUGUAAAAAGUGCUAUCAUGAAGGUAAAUCAUACCGAGUCAAAGAAUCAAGAAAAGGUGACGCUCCAUGUGAAACAUGCAAUUGUCUCCAUGGUAAGUGGAUAUGCAAAACAAAGAAAUCUUGUCAAGAAACCUUGGAUUUCUGUACUGUGUUUAACGAUCGGUCGACGGGGAUCACCACCUCCACAUGUCCCAGGGGCUUUAUAUGCAAAGUGCAAAUCCCAAGCAUCCCCGAGCAAAACAUCCCAGGAGUUGGAAAAUGUGUCCCUGGGAACUCAACUGUUUCAACCUCUGCAUACAAAAACGUAACAACAACUCCAACAAGUAACACAGCCAAGACCGUUGUGAAUGUAUGUGAAUUGCCGGUUAAGACUGGCUCAUGCCGUCAAUCAAUUUCUCGAUGGUACUUCAACACUGAUCGCAAAAAGUGCGUCAAAUUCACYUUUGGUGGUUGCGAUGGUAACGCUAACAAUUUCCGUACGAAGUCAAGUUGUCGAAAUACGUGCAUGCGCAGAAGAGGUCAAAAGUCUACUGUAUCAACRCCACCAAAGCGAAACAUAAAACCAACAAGAACAGUCAGACCUACAAACACCACUGACAUAUGUCAGCUACCACCAGCCCCAGGUCCCUGCCGUGCUGCCAUGCCUCAGUGGUACUACAAUCCUAAGAAACAGCGGUGUUCACGAUUUAUUUACGGUGGUUGCGGUGGUAACGACAACAACUUYAAUAGCAAAGACGACUGYAAGGCAGCGUGCAUGCGUAAUAAAGGCAUCAAACGAAUAACUCCUGACGACACCAGACUCAGCUCAGAAUCACUUCCAACAAGCAUCGCUACAAGCUCCACAAGAAAGAAUCCAACAACUAGAGAAUAUUYAACUGGUCCUACCCUAAAACCCACAAGAACCCCCUCAACAAGACGCAGCAAAACGACCACUCGAUCGUCCACCACCACGAAGAGAUCUUGGCGAGCAAGAAAGUCAUUCAGAUGCCCUUGUUCUGACUGUAAAAGACAAACAGGGAAGGCGACGUGUAAAACCCGACACGGGUGUUUUACGUCACGGGUUAAAGACGCAGAUGGACUAGUGACGUUCAACUAUGGCUGCCUUGAGAAUGAACAACACUACAUUUUGUUGUGUAAUGUCAGGGAGCCUGACAAACGUCACCCUAACAAAGUUCUAGAAUGCUGUAAAGGACACAUGUGUAACUUAAAUGACGUAAACCAGGGAUUAAACCAAGUAGUCAACCACCCAGUCAACGACAGACUACGAGGACGCACGGAUCUUCUCAGAACGUUACCAAAGUCAACACCGACUCAAAAUCCAACACUGCAGAAACAAUCAUCCUCUCCCGGAGAACCGCGUUGCUACGAUGGCCACAGUAAGAAGUUCUUUGGUGAAACCGAGGAAUGGAAGCCUAAUGACUGUACGGUUUGUUCAUGUCUAUCUGGUGAACCAACAUGUGUAGCAACGGUUUGUAAACAUCCACAGUGUUUGAAUCCUAUUCGUAUUCAAGGACAGUGCUGUCCUGUUUGUGAUAACAAUGGAAAUAUCACUGAGGACUCACAAGAAAUGAUAAAAGCCCUGGCUCAAAGUCAGCUGACUAAAGUAUUAGUUAGUAUCAAAAAACCAAAAGACCAACGAUUCUGUGAGGACCUCAACACUGGUGAGCUAUACCUGUCUGGUCAGAACUGGAAAGUCGACGACUGUACCACGUGUUACUGUCAGAGAGACGGCAAGAUCGCGUGCGCAGUUCAAAUGUGUAGUGGGUACCCCGGAUGUCCAAACCCGGUCAAAGAAAAAGGGCAGUGCUGUCCAGUAUGUAAGGACGACAUUGACGCACUGCUUACUUAUCCAGAAAAGGAAGUGAUUGAUUCACCAGAUUCAUGUCUAGACUCRGURACGGGAGAYUACUAUCGUCAUAGCGAGAUGUGGCAGCAGGAUGACUGUACAGCGUGCAUCUGUGGCGCUGAUAGAAARUAUCAGUGUCGUAAAACUACUUGCGAGGAACUGGCAUGCGCAGAGAAGGUCAAUCUGAAAGGAAGGUGCUGCCCUUCUUGUGCAUCAGACACAAAAGCCGGCUGCUCAUUCGAGGGACAGAAGUUUCUCCAAGGGGAAUAUAAACUGUUAGCAGACCACUGUACUUUGUGUGAAUGUCGAAACAUGGAAUGGAUUUGUUCGUCAAGAAGAUGCCGCAAAGACGACAAACCAGCUCUGUAGCCUCAGAUGGACUCUCAAAUACUACAAUAAUCAAUGAGAGAAGUGUAACUUCAAAAUACCGCCCUUUCUUAGUUUAUUAACUUCGUGGGCGUGGCACAUACACGCGGUUAGGGGCGAUACUAUAGAGGUCUUAGACGCCAUACUAGAACGUAAAAUACGUUCUUAUAUACGUGUUGGUUUGUUUACAUACGUUAAUUAUCCAGACCUUGUAUAGGUAUUUGUAGGUAUAGUACGUUGACUAAAUGCUUUAAACGUAAAAUACCUUCAUAUUGUUGUGUAAGUUGUAAAUACGUCUUCUGCUACGUGACAGGGUAUAAACGUAACGUUUGCGUAAUUUUUAGUAUGUGUGGUAACAGUUGUCAAUCUCAUCUGAAAACGUCAGAUAUAGACUUAGAUCCAUUUUGACGUUUUCAAUACUAGGCCGAGAUCUCUAAACGCAAAUGUUUGUAGUAAAACGUUUCUUUACGUCGAAUUUAAGUAAUUUUCUUAAAAGAAAUAAGUUAUGUUAACUUGAACUUGUGUAAAUUGCAUCAACAAAGUAAACUUAUAUUUAGAAGCCAAAAAAGAAAUUAAACUAUUUCUGUACAUGUAAAGUAGCUUUAGGAAUCUAUACUGCCAUUACUUGGGUGAAUGAAUAAAGUAGGAAGUACCUGUACGAAAAGGAAGGAAAAAAAAUGAUAAAAACACUGAUAACAAGAAAAGAGGCAGUAUUUUAUGAUUUCCCAUUUUCUGAGAAAAGAUAAAGACAACUGACCAAGUUCAUUGUCGAUAAGGAAAGGAAAAGAGUUUGGACUCUACUAAUGUCUUUACCAUUGUUUCACGGAAAAGGGGAAAUCACUUUGUGGUAAAUAAGUGUCGUGAUACAUGAAUAUCCGUGAAAUACUAGACACUAAUAAACCAUAGCAGUUACGAA